AUGUCUCGCAAAGCAGCAUAUGCUACACUUCUCACUCGGGCUUCCUAUUUGCCUGGUGCUCUAGUUCUCCAUUACUGCCUGAUAUCCGUGGGCUCUAAAUACCCCCUGGUCGUAAUGGUCACUCCAAGCCUCCCCCAAGACGCUCGAGAUGUUCUGAAGAAGAGGGGCAUACUCAUCGUCGACGUGGACCAUCUUCAACCGGAGAAGGGGACCCACAAACUUGAGGAGCACGAUUUGAGAUUUGGAGAUACUUGGACGAAACUUAGAGCAUUUGAACUGACUCAAUACGAUCGUGUCGUCCUUCUGGAUUGCGACAUGAUUGUCAUGAAAAACAUGGACGAGUUGAUGGAGCUAGCCUUGCCUAGUGACUGGAUUGCGGCUGCGCAUGUUUGUGCGUGCAACCCGCGCAGGCUGCCACACUAUCCUGCCGACUGGAUCCCUAAGAAUUGCGCACAUACCCCGAUGGUGCAUCCCACCGCUCUCAGCUCGCCUCCGAUCAUCUCCGAGUCAAGUCCUCGUCCAUAUGGUCUGCUUAACUCCGGUACGGUCGUCCUUACUCCGUCCAUGCCCCUCUCCGGCAGCAUCAAGCACUUUUUAUCGACAUCUCCGCUUGUCCCGACCUUUUCUUUUCCCGAUCAGGAUCUCCUCGCCGCUUUCUUCAAGGGAAGGUGGAGGCCCCUGCCUUGGUGUUAUAACGCUCUCAAGUCGUUGCGUAUCAUUCACAAGCCGAUGUGGCGUGACGAAGAGAUCAGAUGUUUACAUUAUAUAUUUAACGACAAACCUUGGAAUCAUCCACCCGGAACGGGCGGCGAGUCCGAGGAGGUCAACCGGUGGUGGUGGGAUAGAUACGAGAAGCUCGGCAAGGAGAUGCGAAGAGCCGAUAGUAAAGGAUGGGAGCUGGUAUCGUCCAACGUGACACUGCACUAA